AUGAACGCAGAAAAGCUUGCCAAGCUCCAAGCUUCCGUCCGUAUCGGAGGAAAGGGCACCCCAAGGCGGAAGGUCAAGAAGGUCCAAAAGACCUCUGGCACCGACGACAAGAAGCUGCAAUCUCAGUUGAAGAAGUUGAACGUUCAGCCCAUCAGCGGUAUUGAGGAGGUCAACAUGUUCAAGACCGACGGAUCUGUCAUUCACUUUGCUGCCCCCAAGGUCCACGCUUCCAUCGCUGCCAACACCUUCGUCAUCUACGGCGCCGGCGAGAACAAGGAGCUCACCGAGCUCGUUCCCGGUAUCCUGAACCAAUUAGGCCCCGACUCGCUCAACAGUCUGCGUAAGCUCGCCGAGAGCUACCAAGCCGCCCACGCCCACUCCCACGGUGCCGUUAAGGACGCCGCUGGCGAUGACGACGUCCCUGAGCUUGUUGAGUCCUUCGACCAGGAGGAGACAAAGGCUUAA